AAUUCUCUCUAUAAGAGAAACAGCAUGUACUUGAUAGAAAUCAGAAGAGACCAUGAACCCUCUAUUCUCUGUCUUCUCCCUCUCCUUCUGGCUCCUUCCUCUCCUCUCCAGCCAUAACAAUGUCUUUGUCUCUAACAUCAUCGACCGCGCCUGCAGAACAUGUGCAGAACGGUCUCCACACUUGAGCUACAACUUCUGUGUAACCUCUCUCCAGUCUGUCCCUGAGAGCAGCAGUGCAGAUCUUCAAGGACUUGGAGUCAUUGCAGUACAAUUGGCCCAAGAAAAUGCCACCAGCACAAUUGCAAAGAUUAAGACUCUGUUAGAGAAUGAAGAUGAUCAACGCACCAUGGCAAGCUUAAAUGAUUGUUUGGAACUAUACUCGGAUGCAAAUUCUACACUGAAAAACUCGAUCAGGUACUUUGAAUCUGAGGAUUACAUUAGUUCUAAUGCAUACAUAAGUGCAGCAAUGGAAUCAGCUUCGACAUGUAACUCUGGGUUUGAGGAAGAAGGUGUAGUGACUCCAUUAACAAAGGAGAGUGACAAUUUCAUUCAGUUGUGUGAGAUUGCUCUGGUCAUCAGCAAAUUGCCUCCUUCUGUGUUUCUAUAUGCCUCACGAGUGAUCUCAAUCCUUAGUCAUCUGUUUAUACAGAAGUGAUCUACAUUAGUCUGUGUUGGUGUCAAAGUCAUAGUUUAGAUCUAUAUUUGUAUAACCCAUCUAUGUCUGUUGUGUGAUGGGGGUGCUACAUAGAAUUCAUGGAGGUUGUUCACCUGUUGGACUUGGCUCUGUAUAACCAAAAUUUCCAAUGUCCAGAUUGACAAUUGUUAUUGUAAUUGUAACCUUCUUUUAAGGGAGUUAGAAAAAGAUUUUAUGCUAUAAACUUACAGAAAGAAAAUAGUCCACCAUAUCUGAACA